AUGCUGGCCCGAUACACCGGCGACGACAUCGUGUGCGACCGGUACCGGGCCAGCUACCGCCCGGUGGACGGGUUUGCCUUCCUGAAUGACGAGCUCCCGGACAUGGCCGUGUCCAGUGCCCAGCUGCUGGCGAUCGGCCCGCCGGACUGCUGGCACGUGCUGCCCGGGAGCUACAACGCCUGUGCCGUGUGCCGGUACCAGGCGGCCCCGGACCGGCAGUGCCGCCCGGCGGCCCAGCCGAUCCCCGGCUGCCAGACCCCGGCCCACGCGCACCUGAAUGAGGAGUGCUCGGUGUGCGCCGAGGGGCACUGGAUGGCCCAGGACCGCCGGUGCGUGAGCGCCUGCCCGGCGGCCGAUCACGUCACCUGCGGCAUGCAUUGCAUCCCGCGGCACCAGCUGCCGGAUGGCUUCGACUGCGCCGCCUGGCCCAUGGCCAGCAUGGCCCCCUCGCCGGCGGACCUGCCCGGGGUGCCGGCCGCCGGCCCGGGGCGCCUGCUCAAUUGCAGCGCCCCGGGCGUGUGCUUCCAGUGCCAUGCCAAUUGCGCGCAGUGCGCCGGGCCCGGGCCGAAGGACUGCACCGCCUGCCCGGCCGGCCGGCUGCUCCUGGCCCACAGCACCAAGCCCUUCGCCAAUGGCCAGGUCCAUGUGGGGGCGUGCGUGCGCGGGUACGGGGCCGGCGGCGACCGGGCCGCCCCGCACCACCACUGCCCGGCCACCACGGUGCCCAAUGGCCAGGGGGCCUGCCUGCCCUGCCGGCAGCACUGCCUCACCUGCGACCCGGCCAAUCCGGCCAUGUGCCGGGCCUGCCUGCGCGGGUUCUUCGCCCAGGCGGAUGGCACGUGCGGGCGCGCCUGCCCGGCCGGCACCGCGCGCGACUCCCUCACCGGGCGCUGUGCCCCCUGCGCGGAUCCCCACUGCGCGCGGUGCGCCUCCGAGGACCCGGGGCUCUGCCUGGCCUGCCAGCACCCGGGCCACGUCCUGCAUGAGAAUGUCUGCGAGCCGGCCUGCCCGGCCGGCAAAUACCCCCACCAGGGCCGGUGCCAUGCCUGUGCCGAGGGGUGCGCCAGCUGCGCCUCGGCCGACCACUGCCUCCGGUGCCAGGAGGGCCACACCCUGCAGGCGGAGGAGGGCGGCACCUGUGUGCCGGCCUGCCCGGGCCCCGGCAGCACCUGGGACCUGGACCUGCCGCCCGGCAGCCGCGCCUGCCGCCCCUGCGCCGGCCACUGCCUCGAGUGCCACCGGUUCACGGACAAUUGCACCGCCUGCCCGGCCGGCAUGCUGCUGGUCCGGCCCCGGGCCCCCGGCGCCCGGCAGUCCUGCGUGGCCCAAUGCCCGGAGGGCUACUUCCCGGAUGGCGGCCACUGCGAGCCCUGCCUGGACCCGGAGUGCGCCGUGUGCGACGCCGGGGCCCGGACAUGCACCGAGUGCAAGACCGGCCACGGGCUCUUCGCCAAUGAUGCCUGCCUCGCCACCUGCCCGGAGGGCUACUACCGCCAGGGCAAGCAGUGCCACCCGUGUGGCGGCGGCUGCGGCACCUGCCGCAAUGGCCUGGGGGCCAGCUGCCUCCAGUGCAGCGUCGGCCCGAAGAAUGCCCCCCUGCCGAAGCAGCUGGAGCCCGGGUCCUUCAAUGCGGCCGCCCCGGCCCGGUGUGUGGUCCACACCCUGGAGCUCAGCGGCUGGGGGUUCUUCUACCAGGACCAGAAGAACCGCUAUGCCGUGCCCUGCCCGGCCAACUGCAUCACCUGCUAUGUCGAGCACCCGCACGAUGCCGCCCGCCGGGCCGUCCAGUGCCUGCUCUGCAAGCCGACCCACGUCCUCAGCGAGGACCGGUACUCGUGUGUGCCGGUGUAGCCGCGGCUGGCCGGCGGCCGGGGCGCGCCCGGCAGAGUCGGCGCCUUUCGCGCACGCCCGCGCGCGCCCCUCCUGCUCUGGCCCUGGCCGGUGGCCCGGUGGGGGCGCGCCCGGCCGCUCCGAUGCGCGGGCUCGGGAGCCGAGGCCGCAAGGGGGCGCGGCGGCCGGCCCGCGCCCCCCGGGGGGCGUGUCCUGGCCAGGAGAGGGGGCACGCCAGCAGGCGCGCACUUGGCCGCAUAUACACCGCUGUUCAAUUGGCA